AUGGCAGAGCUGGCUGACCGGUACUUAGAGGCACAACAACAGGAGACUCACGGCAAGAGUGGUGGGGCUGACGAAGCGACACGGGCCAAGCAAGGUGCAAGGCCUUCGGGGAGCUCGCGCCCGCCCAGGAGAUGCUUCCUAUGUGAUAAAACUGGACAUCUGGCCGCUGACUGCAGGGCCGGCUUUUCCACCAAGAAGUCCAUCGCGUGCCGACAAUGCGGAAAGACCGGACACGCAGCAAGCCUGUGUUGGAGUAGGCCCCAUGAGAAGAACAAGGUUUCCGGUCUCAGGGAGACCCUAGAGUCGCGAAAUACAACCGCAAGUUGUAUUCAAGGGGGCUACGUGGAGCUCAAGGAUGGGACGAAAGUACCUGUCCUGAACGCGGUGUCGGAGCCGGAGCCGCCGAUGACGAAUAUGCCGGUCACAGCAGGGAAAAUCCAAGGCAAGACAGUUAGCGUCCUAAGGGACACCGGCUGUAAUACUGUGGUGGUGCGCAGAAGUUUGAUCACUGAGGCCGAUCUGACGGGAGAGUCGAGUCCCGUCUAUCUAGUAGACGGCACUGUGCGAAUCCUGCCUGAGGCAAGGGUGCACGUGGACACGCCCUUUUUCACGGGGGACCUAAUCGCCAAGUGCAUGGAGAACCCGCUUUAUGAUGUCAUCCUCGGAAACAUCCCGAACGUUCGCGCCCCGGGAGACCCUGAUCAGAGUUGGAACCUGCCCAGGGCAGAGAAUGCAGGAGAGCCACCCAAGGGGAGCGGAGAGGAAGAGGAAGCAUCCCCCGUCACCGCAGCUGUGGAGACGAGGAGCAACAAGCAGAAGAAAAAGACGAGUACUCCCCUUCGGGUCCCGCUGAUUGGCGGCGAACCUGAGAAGCCCGAGAAACUGGCGGAGGAACAGAGGAAAGACAAUACCCUGAGGAGCUGUUUUGAACGCGUGGGGAAGGUCUGGAGAUGGCGGAAAAGUGGCAACACGUAUGAGUACGUCAUGCAGAUUGGGUUGCUUUUCCGGGUUUUCCGGACGCCGGGCGAGCGAGAAUACCACCAGUUGGUCGUUCCCCGGGGCCUCCGGGACACUGUCCUGAGCAUGGCUCACGACGGAAUACUGGCAGGGCAUCAAGGCGUGGAGAAAACAAGCCACCGCAUCCUUGGGGAGUUCUACUGGCCGGGAGUUCAAGGCGAUGUGAAGCGGUUCGUCAACUCGUGCGACCAAUGUCAAAGGACAACUCCUAAGGGCAAGGUGUCGAGAGCGCCACUCGGAACGAUGCCGACUAUUGACACCCCCUUCCAGCGGGUGGCUGUCGAUAUCGUGGGACCCCUCGCACCGGCAACGACGAAGGGAAACAGAUACAUUCUGACAAUGGUGGACUAUGCAACCCGCUACCCGGACGCCGUAGCGCUCCCGGACAUAACCACCGAACGGGUGGCGGAGGCCUUGGUAGAGAUGUUUGCUCGGACUGGGGUCCCGAGAGAAAUUCUCAGCGACCGCGGUGCCAAUUUUUGUUCCGAUCUCAUGCGCGAAAUGAUGCUCAAGCGGAUGAGCCAGGAGAAACCAAAGGAUUGGGAUAGGUACCUCGGCCCCCUUCUCUUCGCUUACCGGGAGGUGCCCCAGGCCAGCCUUGGCUUUUCUCCGUUCGAGUUGCUCUACGGACGACAGGUGCGGGGUCCCCUUUCUGUUCUGAGAGAAUUGUGGACCAACGAGUCCCUAGAACCUGAGCUCCGGACAACGUACCAGUACGUCUUCGAGCUUCGAAACCGUCUUGAGAAUACUUGCCGAGUGGCCCACGAGGAGCUGGAAAGGUCGAGUGCCCGCUACAAGCAACACUACAACAAGAAAGCUCGCAACCGCACACUGCAGGUGGGGGAUAAGGUCCUCAUCCUGUUACCAACGGAUCACAACAAACUGCUGAUGCAGUGGAAAGGACCUUACCAUGUUGUUGCAAGGAAGGGGGACCUGGAUUAUGCCGUGAACUUGGGACACGCUACAAAGCUGUUUCACUUGAACAUGCUAAAGAAAUAUGAAGAACGGGAAGUCCACACCAAACAACCGGAGGUGAGCCAGUGUGCGGUGGUCACCAUUGACAGGGAAGAGGAAUGCGGUAUGCCACUACUGAACCUCCAAAAGAAAGAAGACAGCCUCGACGUGGUGAUUUCUGACGGACUGACAGCGGCGCAGAAAAGACAAGCCAAACGGCUAAUUGCUGAGUUCGACACUGUGUUUUCGGACCUGCCUGGACGCACAGAUUUGGCCGAAUGCAGGUUGGAGCUGAAAACAACCGCGCCAAUCAACGUCAGGCAAUACCCGCUGCCUUUUGCCGUGCGUCAGACGAUCAAGAAAGAAGUGGAAAACGUCAGCACGACCCCCGUCGGUUUCUAG